UUUUUGUCACAUGACACAUUACGUGUAAGAUUUUCCUAUAAAAUGAAGCGAUUUCAGCUCGUUUGACUAACUAUUUUCUGUUCAAAGCAAAAAACGAAGUCACUAUGAUGAAAGGAAUGUUCUCAACUUUCAUUUUAUCCUUCGUGUUGAUGAUGGUAUGGAGUGUCCGUGCCGAUUCGACCAAUAGACCAUAUUAUAUUGACGAGUACUGCAGUGUAAAUGAUCUCGACUGUUUUGCCAAAUGUUUUAAUAAUACCGUUAGUUCAGAGAAUCUGAACAUCUUUUACAGUUGCCUUCGAAAUCAGACCUCUGCAACAGGAUCAGAAGAAAUACAACAGUUUCUCUGUCAAACUGCCACACAGGAGCAGUUAAACGAAUUUGAUGAUUGUGUACACCAAGAAAUUAUUCAGUCAGUUAUUUUUCUUUUACAAUUUGAGUGUUGCAUCUACCAAAGUUAUUUCCCAGUUUUCAGUUUUAUUUGCAAUAUUAUAGGUUAACAUUUUGGAUUUUUGUUAACUGCAUUUUCAGCGAAAUUUUACGUAUUUUAACGAAAAAUGUAUUAAAUUUCUCUUUAAAUUUAAAUGUAAUUCAAAUAUUUAAAAGAAAAUAAAUUUGGAUUUAAGCAUUAU